GAUUCACUCUCGAAGGAAUAGCAGCUGGUAGUCUUGCAGCUGCUUGGCAGGCCACGUAUCAUGGAUUCGUAGUUGCUGGAAGUUGUUUCUCUAUAUUACAAAGUAUUGCAGCUUCAGGAGGAUCUAUUGGCAUAUUCAUUCCUGCUAUUAUAUUUAUCG